UAGAUUUUAGAAUUAUUAAUAAUAAACUAAAUACAGAACUGAUUAGUAAUAUGUAAGACGUUUAAGAUUGUUUAAAAUUAGUGCAGCCGCUCCAUCUUCAUACAAAUUUCUAAAACACCGUAAACCUCUAGGUAUUGAAUAAGAAUUACAUACUUCGCUGUCUGGUCUUGGAUUACAUAAACUAUCAGCAUGUCAUCAGCAAAGAUGAUAGGUCGCGCGGUUGCCAGUUGCAGAUUAUCAAGCAAAGGAUUACGAUCGCAAUCGGUAGAUUUAUCAAUUCUACUUUCCCGCAAUACAUACCCAAAUACUAGAACCAUGGCUUCAAAGGCAAUUACUAUGGAUAACAUAAACCCCAACAUUGUAAAGUUAGAAUACGCGGUUCGAGGACCCUUAGUAACCCGCGCCGGCGAAAUUGAAAAAGAAUUGCAAAAGGGAGCCGACAAACCAUUCAAAAAAGUGAUAAAGGCAAAUAUUGGAGAUGCGCAUGCGAUGGGACAGCAACCGAUCACAUUUAUUAGACAGGUGCUAUCAUGUGUGGCGAACCCAGAGAUAAUAGAGAAGGGUAACUUCCCCGAUGACGUAAAGCAGCGUGCCAAGGAUAUCCUCAAAGCUUGCGGGGGUGGUUCGGUGGGUGCGUACACGGUGUCUUAUGGUAUCGAAAUGAUCCGACGCCACGUGGCGGAGUACAUCCAGAAACGAGAUGGGUUUCCCUCAGACUGGAACAACGUGGUACUGGUGGGCGGCGCCUCUAAUGGGAUAAAGAAUUGCCUUCAACUCCUCGUCAAUAAAAUCAAUGGCAAGAGCUCAGCCGUGAUGAUUCCCAUCCCUCAAUACCCGCUGUACUCGGCGUCUCUGGCCGAAUACGGACUGGAACUAGUCGGGUACUACCUGGACGAAGAACGCCAGUGGGGCCUCAGCACCGAGGAACUGGAACGGUCGUACGCCGGAGGGCAGGAGAAGAAUAAUGUUCGGGCCAUAGUUGUCAUAAACCCCGGAAAUCCCACCGGUCAGGUGCUGACUAGAGAAAAUAUCGAGUCAAUAGUGAAGUUCGCGCACGCGCACAACCUCUUCAUAUUCGCCGACGAGGUCUACCAGGACAACGUCUACGCCGAGGGCAGCAAGUUCUUCUCCUUCAAGAAGGUGAUGAUGGAAAUGGGUGAACCUUACAACAAGAUGGAGCUAGCUUCGUUCAUGUCUGUCAGUAAGGGCUACAUGGGCGAGUGUGGUCUCCGGGGUGGAUGGAUGGAGCUGGUGAACCUCGACCCGCAAGUGCAGGCCAACCUCUUCAAAGCCAUUUCCGCCAUGCUGUGCCCGAGUUCCUUGGGGCAGAGCGCCGUCGACUGUGUGGCCAAACCCCCGGCGCCGGGUGAGCCUUCGUACGACCUCUGGAUCAAGGAGAAGACGCAGGUGUUGGAUUCCCUCAACAAGAGAGCCAAGAUGAUCGCAGAAACCUUCAAUCAGAUGGAAGGCUUCAAGUGUAACAUUGUUCAGGGUGCCAUGUACGCGUUCCCCCAAAUCACGCUGCCCCCAAAAGCCAUCGAAGCGGCGAAGAAGGCCGGCAAAGCCCCCGACGUGUUCUACGCCUUCCAGUUGUUGGAGAACACCGGUAUCUGCAUAGUGCCAGGCACGGGCUUCGGCCAGAAACCGGGCACCUACCACUUCAGAACCACGAUCCUCCCGCAGCCCGCUCUCCUCCAGGAGAUGCUGGACAUCUUCAGAACCUUCCACGAGAAGUUCACCAAACAGUACUCGUAGGUUCCUAGCCCGUGUCGAUUGUGUUAUUUAUAAUGACUUCACCUGCUUAACGUAUCUAUUAGGGUAUUUCUGAGUAAACUUGCAAACCUGUCGAUUUCAAGGACUCCUCGAAGCGCCAUCAGCUAUCGAUGUGUACAACUAAGACAUAUAUGUCAAAACAUAUGAGAUAUAAAUAUUGCUGAAGGAGUGCUUAUCGAUGGAAUAUAGUUAAAUUAAGUUGUGUUCGCUGAUAUUUUGUGAUAACCGAAAGGGUGAUAUUAAUGUUUUUAAUCAUCUGCUUGUAUUUAUUACUUUUAAUAUUUUAUUGUUUGAAAUUCAUUCACUCGCUUGACUUUUUGACGAUUGGUAGUUUUAGUAAGUUCCGAAAUGUACGAUCGGGGUUUCUAUAAAGAUAUCCAGUCUGCCAUUAUCUCUGAAUUGUGAAGCACAAAUAGAUAGACAUUUGAAUAGAUAGACAAAUAAAUUUUAAGGAGGCCUAAGGCUCGAGAGAUGCAAGAAUGUAUUCCGUACGAAUACGUCUAAAAGUGACCAGCGAGACUGAAAUUUAAAGCUUCGUUACAGCUUUGUCUAUUUAUUCAAUAGCCAUAGAAAGUUCCUAAUUGUUUAAAUAAAAUUAAGCCAAAAUUAUGCAUUUUACACCAUGGAUUUUCGUUGUUUUCCACAUGGAGAGAUGACAUUCCGCUACAGCGCUACCGAUGAGAUUGUUAUACUGUUAAUAAAUAUAUAUUACAA